CGGGCGACGAACACCACUCCCAUGUCACCCAGGACAGUGGUCAAUUGCGUUCGCUAUAGUGCUUUGAUUUUUUAUUAUUAACUGAACUUUUGUGAAUGCAUCCCUUCUCCACCGGUGCUAGGACUUGGUUUAACCAUGUUAACAGGAAUUUGAAGAAUUACUUUAGCAAUUGUGAAAAUGGGUUCUCAUAGUGACUUGCCAGCCAUGCAAACAAACCCGAAGAUUAUCUUCUUUACGGACUUUGAUGGCACCAUUACCUUGAAAGACAGCAAUGAUUACAUGACCGAUAACCUUGGCUACGGACAAGAGAAGCGCCGGGCUGGGAAUAAAGCCGUUCUGGAUGGCACGAUUACUUUCCGUGACUCCUUCCGCGAAAUGCUGGACAGUGUCAAGAACCCAUUUGACGAGUGCAUCCGCAUCCUUUGCGACAACAUGAAGCUGGAUCCCUACUUUACCGAAUUCUACAACUGGGCUAAGGCACAUAAUGUGCCCAUCGUCAUACUGUCUUCCGGAAUGGUUCCCAUCAUCCAUGCACUACUCGUAAAGCUUUUGGGCCAGGAGCCAGAUCACAUCCAGAUCGUCGCCAACCAAGUGAAGGCGAGAGAAGGAAAAAGCAUCAACGAGGAAUGGGGCUGGGAGAUCGUUUAUCAUGAUGACAGUCACUUUGGCCAUGAUAAAUCACUUGAGAUCAAGCCAUAUGCCGCUCUUUCGUCUGAUGAGCGUCCUACUCUCCUCUAUGCGGGAGAUGGCGUUUCUGACCUUUCAGCCGCCUCCCAGACGGACUUGCUUUUUGCAAAGAAAGGACAUGACUUGAUCACCUACUGCGAACGCGAAAAGAUUCCGUUUACUGUAUUCGAGGACUGGUCCACAAUUCUGGAAAAGACGAAGGAGAUCUACGAGGGCAGGAUCAAUCCAAAAGUCAUUGCUGAGCAGCAAUUACAAGGCGCAUAGAUUGGCGUUCCCUUGUGACGUUUUUCUUUCUCUGGCUUCAUGCGGCUGUGCCGUUUUGCUGGAGCUAGAAUAAUGCCCUUAUCAGGUUCUUGACUUUCUUUCCUUCUUAGAAGAACCAACCUACAUAGCAUACUUAGACAUUGCUUGACGAAUAGAGAAGACCUA